AUGCCGAAUACUCACAUUGAGAUCAUCAACAUCAACGACUGUAAGAUCUCCACCGAGGACCAAGUGAUUCCUCAUGAGCGGAGGAUCGUCGAAGGUGUGAUUCAACUGUGGAAGGAAGAUCCAAUCACAGAGUCACUGGGCAUUGGGAAAUUACACGCGUUGGUUAAAAAAAGGAAUCCAAAUUGGUCAUUGAGCGAGAAGAGACUGAAGACAGUGCUGAAGUCCUAUAACCUGUUGAACAGUGCGGAACAAUUUGCCUAUGCCUCUGAAAUCACCUCCAAGGACACUCCAAACUUGGUUAUGCCAAAGAACAUCAGGUACCAGUUUACAAAGAACAGAGGUAAAGGUCUCUACGCCACAAAGCCCUUUAAGGAAGGUGAUCUGCUCUGGGAAGAGGAAUCGCCGCUGUUCUUCAUCCCGCCAUUGGAUCAUAUGAACCUGAUUAAAUCUUCAAAUGCGUGUACUUAUUGUGCGACUCUCCUCAAGACUGCCUCCCAAUUGAAGAAGGGACUCGAUUGUAACGUCUGCUCCGAUGUUUGGUGUUCUAUACGUUGUAAGAAGAAAGACACACUUCAUGGAACAUUGAAGCACAACGUUUACCAAGAGGGAAAGAAAUCCAAGAAACGCAUCGUCUCUGCUGCCUGGUUAAGGUAUGAGAAGUACUGCUAUGAGAAUAAAUGGAACGCUGCACAUGCUGUGGCUCUGAUCUACGCUUACUGCCUUACCGAUAAGACAGGGGUUCUAUUGCAACAGUUUGAUGCAUUUGCAAAAGUCCGUCAAGAUAUAAGGUACAAGGCAAUAGACUCGUCUGGAAUCGGUGGCUCCUUUGAUACAAACUCUGGUGGUGCUCUAUUCGUGAAGGAGCAACAGGAGGCACUCUGGAGGGAGGCUUACGCUAAGUUCAACGAAAUCUUCCCACUCGAUGAAAUCACAUAUGAACAGUACAUGGAGUUCUUGGGAAGCUACAACAUCAACAAUGUUGACGGUUCUAUGUUUUUGAUACAAGCUCAUCUGAACCAUAACUGUGAUCCAAACGUUAGGGUCCUAUUCGGAGAACACAAGGCUGAUGGUAUCAAGGUGUACGCUAAGAGAGACAUCAAGGCCAACGAGGAACUUACAACGUCCUAUGUCAACCCUGCACACGACGUGAACCAGAGGCUUAGAGAGCUGCGUGUCAAUUGGGGGUUCAAGUGCAACUGUAACAAAUGUAAAGAGGAUAAGAAGGCCUUGGAGAAGAGGAAAUCCUCAGAGUCGAAAGAUGCUUCUCAUAAAAAAGCAGUCAAGGAGAUGCUCGAUUCAGCAAAGGACGAGGAAUUUGAUCUACCGUUACCAAAUGGUGAUGGUGAAAGAACCAGAAGAAAGUCAGUCAGAUUCGAAGAAACUGUGAUUGCAGUAGCAGAGGAUUAA